UGUAUAUAAAAUUAGCCAAAUUAGCAAAAAUCUAUCCUGAUUAGAUUUGAAGCCAAAUUUGAAGAAGAAAAAAGAAAAACAAAAACAAAAAUUUUUUUCCAAAAAUGAAAUAUUUAUUCAGUGCUGUUUUAUUCAUUGUUUUGAUUGUUGCCAUCAAUGCACAACAAGCUGAUGAUGAUUUAGCUGUUGCUGAAUCAGCUGGUGGUGGUGCAAUUGCUGGUGGUGCUGCAGGUGCUGGUGCUAAAGGUGGUAAAGCUGGUGCGGCUGGUUUUGCUGCUGGUGGUAAAGCUGGUGCAGCCGGUUUUGCUGCUGGUGGUAAAAAAGGUGGAUUUGCUGCCGGUGCUGCUGCUGGAGCGGCUGGUGGUGCUAAAGCUGGUAAAGCUGGUGCAGCUGGUGCUGCUGGUGCUGCUUUUAAAAAAGGUUUCAAGAAAGGAAAAUUCGGUAAAAUGGGUGCUGCAGGUUUCAAUAAAAAAUUCGGUGCAGUCAAAACAUUUGGAAUGGCACAAGGAUUUAAAUUCGGUAAAAUGGGUGGUGCAUUUGCAGCUGGUGGCGCUGCUGGUGCCGCAGGUAAAAAAGGUGGUAAAUUUGCUGCUGGUGGUGCUGCUGGAUUCAAAAAAGGUGGCAAAGCUGCUAAGGCUGGUUAUGGUGCUGUUGGUGGUGCUAAAGGUGGUAAAGCAGGUAAAGCUGCUGCUGCUGCUGGUUUUAAAAAAGGUGGUGCUGCUGGUGCUGCAUUCAAAGCUGGAAAAGCUGGCAAAUCUGGUGGUGGUAUAUUUGGUUAGAAAUAUUGAUAAAUCAUCCUUUUUAUUUCGACAAACCUAAAAUCGCAGAAGGAUUAUUUUUUAUUUGAAAAAAGUUUAUAAAUUUUUUAUAAAUUUGAA